GAGGUGUAGGGAUGACAGAGCAAGAGCUGGAAACAAACAUCAGUGAAGAAUGAAGGCUUUAGUAUGUAUACUGCUGCUGUUGGAAACCUUUGUAUUUGUCAUUCAGCAGCAGGUAAAUGGAGGACUCAAUGAGAAUGAGAUCAGUCAACAGAUCAGCUCUGAGGACGGAAGACAGAAUCCACCUCAAACAGACACUUUGAGAGCUGAAGCUUCAACUGACAGACAACAAUACUGUGAUCUGGGCAUUCCUGACAUCCAUGCAGUACUGAGAGAACUGACCGCCACCGUUACAGAGCAGAAAGCAAACAUCAGAGAACUGACCGCCACGUUCACAGAGCAGAAAGAAAACAUCAGAGAACUGACCGCCACCGUUACAGAGCAGAAAGAAAUUAACAGAGCUUUAGAGAUGCAACUGAGAGAUGAGAUGAACAAGAAAAAUGAAGAAAUGUCAAAUCUUACUCUGAGUCAAGUGGAGGAGUUGAGAAAGGAAAAUAGAGACAGAGAAAUAGCUUUUUCAGCUGGACUGAUGCAAUCUGGCAGUGGAUAUGUUGGACCUUUUACCACUGAAAUCACACUAACCUACAAGAAAGUCUUCACAAACAUAGGGAACGCCUACAACCCAGUUACAGGUAUUUUCACAGCCCCACUGAAAGGAGCGUACAUGUUCAGAAUCACAGUAUUUGGUCAUGGUGGAACUACAGCAAUUGUAUCCAUUUAUAAAAAUGGAGAGCAUGUGGUUGUAGCUCAGGAUGCGGUAAACUCCUCUAAUGGAGUUGUGUUGAUCCUGGAGGUUGGAGAUGUUGUCUAUGUGAGGCUUUGGUCUGGCAGGAGGAUAUAUGAUAACCAGAAUAAUCUCAACACUUUCAGUGGUUUCCUACUGUUUCCCUUAAGAGAACAAGAGCUUUGCAGAGUGUGAUUCCAAUAAUUCUGAACCUUCAGUGUAUGAAUUAAGAUGAAGCUCAUGAAGAAUCAUUAACAAAUGAACCUGUAUUAAAAAGGACUAAUGUGUGUUUGAAAUUUGCAAUAGAUUACUGUAUAAGAGUCUGAGUCUAUAAAUGUAACUUUAUAUAAAGUUUCAGCACUGAGACAGACAGGAUCCAAGAAUCUCACAUGUGACUCAAAAAUGUUUUUGUUAAAGUAGUAAAAAUACCUUUUUAAGUGUAGUUUGUUAGUGAUCCUUGAUCACUUUAUCCUACAG